GGGCUGUGGAGAGGGCGACGGGAGCUUGUGACCUUCCGGAGGAGGGAACGAGGCCCAGGCCCGGGGGGGGACACGAAGCAGCGCCGCCGCCGCCAUGAACAACUCGGGGGCCGAUGAGAUCGGAAAGCUCUUUGUGGGUGGCCUUGACUGGAGCACAACGCAAGAAACACUGCGCAGCUACUUUUCCCAAUAUGGAGAAGUUGUAGACUGUGUUAUCAUGAAAGAUAAAACAACCAACCAGUCUCGAGGCUUUGGGUUUGUCAAAUUUAAAGAUCCCAAUUGUGUGGGAACAGUGCUGGCCAGCCGACCACAUACAUUAGAUGGCCGCAAUAUUGACCCAAAGCCAUGCACACCUCGGGGAAUGCAGCCAGAGAGAACUCGACCAAAGGAAGGAUGGCAGAAAGGUCCUAGGAGCGAUAACAAUAAAUCAAAUAAAAUUUUUGUUGGUGGGAUCCCUCACAAUUGCGGCGAGACGGAGCUCAGGGAAUACUUCAAGAAAUUUGGAGUGGUCACUGAAGUUGUCAUGAUCUAUGACGCAGAGAAGCAGAGGCCUCGAGGUUUUGGAUUUAUUACUUUCGAGGACGAACAAUCAGUGGACCAGGCUGUCAACAUGCAUUUUCACGACAUCAUGGGCAAAAAAGUGGAGGUAAAACGUGCAGAACCUCGAGAUAGCAAAAGCCAAGUCCCAGGACAGCCGGGUGCCAGCCAAUGGGGAAGCAGGCUCAUGCCAAAUGCUGCCAAUGGUUGGGCAGGUCAGCCUCCUCCUACCUGGCAACAGGGAUAUGGCCCACAAGGAAUGUGGGUGCCAGCAGGGCAAGCUAUUGGUGGGUAUGGACCGCCUCCUGCAGGAAGGGGAGCUCCACCUCCACCUCCUCCUUUUACCUCAUACAUCGUAUCCACGCCUCCAGGAGGGUUUCCCCCUCCCCAAGGCUUCCCACAGGGGUACGGUACCCCUCCUCAGUUCAGUUUUGGCUAUGGGCCUCCACCACCUCCACCUGAUCAAUUUGCCCCUCCGGGAGUGCCUCCUCCACCUGCCACUCCUGGGGCAGCGCCGCUAGCUUUCCCACCACCACCAUCUCAGGCAGCUCAGGACAUGAGCAAACCCCCAGCGGCCCAGCCCGAUUUCCCUUAUAGUCAGUAUGCAGGUUACGGACAGGACUUGAGUGGCUUUGGACAGGGUUUCUCAGAUCCCAGCCAGCAACCCCCCUCCUACGGAGGACCCUCGGUGCCCGGAUCAGGUGGCCCACCUGCAGGAGGAAGUGGUUUUGGACGAGGACAGAACCAUAACGUGCAAGGAUUUCACCCUUAUAGACGCUAGCCUGGGCUAGAAAUCAGGGAAUUCUGUCCACAAUGGGAUAUCUGGUACCAGCUGAAACCGGGAAUUCCAAACUUGUGAACUUGUGACAAUCACAUACUUGAUGGAGAACAACUUAAUAAACCAUUUGGGGGGUGGGUGGGGAGGUGGGGAGGGGGCGAAUGGCUUUUGAAGGCAAAGCUGUGGGUGUUUGGACUGCAGUUUUUAAAUAUAUUCCUUUCUCUAGCCCAUCAGCACAAAUAAAACAAAACGUCACUGGUUCAAACUACAGGGUUU